AUUAUGCAGUGUUUUCCGUAGUCUCCUGAGGGAGCAGCCCGAGGUAUCUUAGCUGCUUAUCUCUGUCAUUGUUAACCAGGAGCGUGCAGGUGGGGCCAGUCUGAUCCACUGACUCAGGGGCUCUGGAUGAUACUGGACAUUCCCCGGCCAUGGGACCCCACUCAAGUUCCUUUGCUUAUCUCUGUCUAGUGACAACAUUCAGAAGAGAGUGGUGCCACCACAACUGUUUCUUUGAAGGCCUCAGACUGAGAAAGGACCGGGGAAGGAAAGGCAGGAGUGGUCAGGGGCAGCUGCCACUCGAACAGUGGACUGUUCAGAAAUGGGAAGAUAGAACUCAGAGAAGUUCAGGGCUUGGAAACCAAAUGCUGUCAUGCCCGAGGCUGCCCUUCAAAGACAGACAUUUCACUUGCAGCAAAAUAAUAGGAAGGAGGUUCGCUUGCUUUGCGCAGAGGCUGAGCUACAGGAGAAAGCAGAGCCAAUGUGAUUUAUUGAAUGAAAGCACUGGACACUUACCAGCAACUUGUUCCUCUGCUGCCUCGAAGAGCGUAAGCUGGAACUACUGCUCGAAAAUGACCCAGCAAAUGCAGAAUUUAUAUCUUUCCCAGUCAAAAAAACACAGUGCUCCAUCGUCGCCCAAUGCUGCCAAGAGACUGUACAGGAACCUCUCGGAGAAGCUGAAGGGCAGCCACUCGUCCUUUGACGAGGCCUACUUUAGAACCAGAACCGAUCGGCUGAGUCUCAGAAAGACCUCCGUGAACUUCCAGGGCAACGAGGCCAUGUUUGAGGCCGUUGAGCAGCAGGACCUAGACGCUGUGCAACUCCUUCUCUACCAGUAUACACCAGAAGAACUAGACCUGAACACACCGAACAGUGAAGGGCUGACACCCCUGGACAUCGCCAUCAUGACCAACAACGUGCCCAUUGCGAGGAUUCUUCUGAGGACAGGGGCCAAAGAGAGCCCACACUUUGUCAGCCUGGAGAGCCGAGCAAUGCAUCUCAACACACUAGUCCAGGAGGCCCAGGACAGGGUGAGUGAGCUGUCUGCCCAGGUGGAGAAUGAAGGCUUCACCCUGGACAACACAGAGAAGGAGAAGCAGCUGAAGGCCUGGGAGUGGAGGUACCGGCUCUACAGACGCAUGAAAACUGGCUUCGAACACGCCCGAGCCCCAGAGGUGCCAGCCAAUGCCUGCCUCAUGGUAACCAGCAACACUUCCCUCACGGUCAGCUUUCAGGAGCCCCUCAGUGUCAACGCAGCCGUAGUGACCAGGUACAAAGUGGAAUGGAGCAUGUCUAAAGACUUUUCGCCUUUGGCUGGGGAGAUCAUCAUGGACAACCUGCAGACCCUGAGGUGCACAAUCACAGGACUCACCACAGGCCAACAGUAUUUUGUUCAAGUCUCAGCUUACAACAUGAAAGGAUGGGGACCAGCUCAGACCACAACGCCAGUGUGUGCCUCCCCCUCCAACUGGAAAGACUAUGACGACAGAGAGCCCAGACACAAGGGACAGAGUGAGGUUCUGGAGAGCCUACUACAGCAGGUCCGAGCCCUUCAUCAGCAUUACAGCUGCCGGGAAAGCUCAAAACUGCAAACCACAGGCCGCAAGCAGUCAGUGUCAAGGAGCCUGAAGCACCUGUUCCAUUCCUCAAACAAGUUUGUGAAGACCUUGAAACGAGGGCUUUACAUAGCUGCUAUAUUUUAUUAUAAAGACAAUAUGUUAGUCACCAAUGAAGACCAAAUACCAAUUGUUGAAAUUGACGACUCUCACACCAGUUCUAUUACACAAGAUUUUCUGUGGUUCAUGAAGCUGUCUUGUAUGUGGGAAGACAUCAGGUGGCUGAGGCAAAGCGUGCCCAUCUCUAUGUCCUCGUCCACUGUGCUGCAAACUCGGCAGAAGAUGCUUGCUGCCACAGCGCAGCUACAGAAUUUACUUGGAACGCACAACUUGGGAAGACUUUACUAUGAGCCUAUUAAAGAUCGCCAUGGCAACAUCCUCAUAGUUACCAUCAGAGAAGUGGAGAUGCUUUAUUCCUUUUUUAAUGGCAAAUGGAUGCAAAUCUCAAAACUGCAAAGCCAGAGGAAGUCUCUGUCAACACCGGAAGAGCCAACAGCCUUAGAUAUUUUACUAAUAACCAUCCAGGAUAUUCUCUCCUAUCACAAGAGGAGCCACCAGCGGCUCUCGCCUGGGCUGUAUCUAGGUUACCUGAAGCUAUGUAGCUCUGUAGAUCAGAUCAAAGUGCUCGUAACCCAAAAGCUGCCCAACAUUCUCUGCCACGUGAAGAUCCGUGAAAACCAUAACAUUUCCAAAGAGGAGUGGGAGUGGAUCCAAAAGCUUUCUGGCUCUGAAUCUAUGGAAAGUGUGGAUCAUAAUGCUGACUGCCCCAUGCAAUUGUUCUUCUACGAGCUCCAGAUGGCAGUGACGGCUCUCCUGAAGCAGAUCAAUACACCUCGACACCAGGCAAGGAACUUCCGCCUCUACACACAGGAGGUGUUGGAAAUGGGUCACAAUGUGUCCUUUCUUCUCCUGCUCCCUGCCUCAGACGACGUCUGUACAGCCCCAGGACAGAAUAAUCCUUACACCCCGCACUCAGGGUUUCUUAACCUCCCUCUUCAGAUGUUUGAACUCGUUCAUUUUUGCAGCUACAGAGAGAAAUUUAUUAGUCUGUAUUGCCGCCUUUCUGCUGUUGUAGAGCUGGACUCUCUGAAUACCCAACAGUCCCUGAGGGAGGCAAUCUCAGACAGCGAGGUCGCAGCUGCCAAACAACGGCACCAGCAAGUGCUGGACUUCAUUCAGCAAAUCGAUGAAGUCUGGCGUGAGAUGAGGUGGAUCAUGGAUGCUCUACAGUAUGCCCGAUACAAGCAACCAGUCUCUGGCUUGACGAUCACCAAGCUGAUAGACUCCUCCAACGAGCAGAAUCUAAAGAAGAUCAGUUCUACGUCAUCACACAUUGACUGUCUUCCGUCAACAUCCCCAUCCCCAGAGAUGCACAGAAGAAAGGCAGUGAGUGAGUCACAGCCCUGCUCGGAUGAAGAAGGUUGCUCAGAAGUCUUCCUCCCCACAGACAGUGACUAUGACUCCAGCGAUGCCCUGAGCCCACGAGACCUGGACCUGGUUUACCUGUCGUCCCAUGACAUUGCCCAGCAGGCCCUCAGCGGCCUCAGUGGCAGCGCCCCGGAUGUCCUACAGGUGCAUGACAUGAAGGCGUCCAUGGGACCUGGCCAGGACCCUCAGGGCCUACGGCAGGCUCCAGACACCGACCAGUCGUGUGUCGAGUUUCUCCACAGCCUGACCCUCACGGGCUUGGCACCCAAGAACCACGGCAAGAUGGUGCCAGGCACACGGCCGCCGCUGGGCUUCUUGGGAAAGCGGAAGCCAGGCAAGCACCAGCACUAUGGUGGCUUCAGCCGCCACCACCGCUGGCUGCGCAUGCACAGCGAGACGCAGUCGCUGUCACUCUCCGAAGGUGUUUACACCCAGCACCUGUCUCGGGCCUGCGGCCUGGCUGAGGAUCCUGGGGAAGCAGAGGGGCCUGGACCUAUGGUGGAUGGGCCCCGAGGCCUGCCGCUGGCCCACGCUGCCAGCCUCCCAGAGGAGCGGAGGAGCUGCCUCCAAGACCCAAGGCAGCCACUGCACGGAGUCUAUGUGGAGCCCUAUUCCGACACACUCGCAGGCCAGGACCCAAAGCUGUGGACCAAUUUGAGCCCUACCCCUGCAGGCCGCAGUAGCCUCCCAAGCUCUACUAGUUCAGAGAUGAGUCCAGACCCCACAUCUCCAGUUUCAGAAAUACUAAGCAGUAUGCUUUAGGAUGGCCCACACCGGCUAUCUAUUAGUCCCCUGCUAUUCUUUGCAUUUCUUCAGCAUAGCCCAUCCUGCUCCUCUGUGACUUCACCUAUUUCAAAGUAUUGAAAGUUAGAAAUCUAAAGGUUACACAUACAAGGCUUUUCGUUUUGUUUUGUUUUGUUUUUUUCCAAAGUGGGCCAACAGGAGGGGGGAGCGGUUCCCACCGUGGUCCCACCCACCUCACCCUAAAAAAAUGUAUGGACUCUGAGACCUGUGAUUCAAAUACAUAACUCCUUCGAUGGCACCCGUGGCUGAGAUAGGCCAGCCCAAAGAGGACACUUAAUUCUGCAAUUUUCUGGUAAUAUCCACCCUGGGCUGAGAGUUCUUUAGUGAGUUUGUGGUUGAUGAAAGAGUUCAGUGGGUGAAAAUAAGAAUAACAGCCAUUCCCUCAAAUCCAGACUUUACGAAGCUGCAGCCCAUGUUUCAUCUCAAGAGCAAAGAUACAAGUAGGCUUGGGCUGGGUUUUCCUUCAACGAAACCAGGCUAUUCUAAACCGCAGGGUCCUCAGGACUCUCAGGUCCAAGUCUAUCCAUCAGCACUUGCCUGGUUUAGUGGGUCUUGGAAAGGUUUUUUUUCUUCACUGAGUGUUAUGUGGAGAACACCAGAAACAAAAGCGGAGGACGCCUCUUUUCUAGCCCUGUUUUUUGAGAUAGAAUAGGGCAGGAAGCAGCCUUCCUGGCACUCUCUGAUUCCAUUCAGUCCUGACAAUGAGCAGUAAAUUAUUCCAGCGAGCAAGGGGAUGGCUGGGAUUAAGUGAGAGCCUGAAUUAUAGCAACAAAAAGGGGGGAAGAGAAGACAACAAAAGUCUCUUUUCUUUACAGCAAACCCAAUGAGUCCAUGGCGGCUGCACCCUUUAGAAGGGCAGUAAAUUAAUGAUAUUAAUGAUAUUAAACCGAUCAGUUAUUGAACAAGAAAGUGUCUUCCAGAUGCAGUGGGGUAGGGAUGGAUUCCUCUAAGCACCAGAGGCACAUCGUUCAUCCAUCAUUUCUCAUCCUCAAGACUGCUCAGGGCUGGGGUGUUUUCCCUCCACUUUUACCCUGUUCCUCACAGAAUGAGUUCUUCCCCCACGGUCCUCUGGCCCAUUGGCCACAUGGGAAGUCUUUCCUUAGUAGCUCUAGCUUAUAUCAAGGCAUGUGCUAAGUAACACCUGGAAAUCCUGCUUUCCCCACACUGCCUCUUACCUGAAUUUCUCAAAAGUGAGAAGCUCGACCAAAAACCACACUGUAUAUUCAAGAAAGGCGCAGUUCUCCUAAAGCCAAGACCCAUUUAGUCCACCGCCAUUCUAAAUGGUCUUUCUCUAAAUAACAGGCCUUCCUGUCCUGUUAUCCUGCUCCUGACCUCGCAGACCUACGCUACUCUGGAAAGUUCAUGCAAACUCUAUGUUUACCAUGGUGUUCUAAUUCCCUCUGCUUAAAAAAAAAAAAAAAUGAUACAAUUAAUUACCCUGUGCAAAAGCAUAGCUUUGGCCAGUAACCUGUGGUCAUUGGAAAACUAAAGCUAUAAUCUAAGUACUUUUUAAAAAGAGACGUUAUGCUUAGUGAACUCUCAAAGAAUCUUGAUUAAAAAUGUCUGCUGGGUGUAGUAAAAAUCUCAGCACGUGGGAAGCAGAGACGGGUAAAUCUCUCUGAGUUUGCGGCCACCCUGGACUGCAAAGUGAGUUUCAGGACAGCCAGGACCGUAACACAAAGAAACCUUGUCUUGAAUAACCAAAAAAUAAAUAAAAUAUCUAGAGGUUCUUUGCCAUACCUGGGAAGAUUUUAAAAUUCAGUUUUCUUCUGUCUCUGUGAAUUAUGGAAGGAAUGAGGGUACGUAUUUUAAGUCUUUGGCCUUACAAAUAGGUCACUUAAGGCCAGAGAGGUAGUGAUUUCCUGAAGGUUGUAAGAACUGCCUUAAUGUCAGGAUUAGAACUCAAAACACCUCCUUUCUAAAGGUACACCACUGGAAAUUGAUACAUACUUGUCAAGCAGUGGUUGUCUAGCCUGUGCUCUUUAUUUCAUAAAACCACCUACUUCUUAUUCCAAAUUUGGACCUGUAUUCAACCUUUACCUAACAAGUUUCCAACACCAUGAAUCUCUUUAUCGCUGGAAAAUGCACACCUUAUCAAUAGAUAAAGUCAACAAAUUAAAAACCAAAUGUAGGAGAAAUGGUCAUUCAAAUUAUAGUUCCUUGUUAAUAGCAGAAACGACAGAGUUGUCUGUGCUUGAUUUUACUCGUUUCUAAUUAGAAGAGAACUCUGAGUGCGUUUGUAAGGUGAAUUGCUAGAACUAUCAAAACGGAGAAGUGAAGCAACUCUGAUCUUGAUAUUCUAUUGGCAUAAGGGACAAUCCGUGACUGUGAAUUAGACUCCAUCAACAAGGAGUCAAAGCAUAAGCUUGCCCAGUUUCCUAAAUUCAGCAAAUUCUGACUUACUAAACCCAGCCACAUUAAAUAAAAACCUACUCAUUUAUAUUGGGAUGUCUAGGUUAAUUUUUCAUUUUCCAUGAGCAAAAGAAGCACACCCAUGGAAUGAAUAAUGUGCAGGACUCAAUUGAAUGUGCUUAAUCAAUUGAAAAUGUUAUUUGCUAACAAUAUUCCCAUAUACAAUAGUUAUGUUAUAGCCUCAAUAACUAACCUAUUUGUUCAAAGAAACAGGUUCAAGCCUGCCCUCACUUUGAAAAAUUGUGAACCCACUUUAAAUGAAUGCAUUGUGGGAGAAAUGAUUGGAUUCUCUAAUUCCCAGUUUUGUAUUGAUUCAUUUUGAUGACAUGUCCAUUUUGAUGACAUGUCCAUGGGGAACUUAGAAUCCCUAUGAUUUUUUGUUGUUUUGUUUGGGAGAUGAUGAAUGUGACCUUUUAUUCCUUUCAAAUACAUUCUAAGAGGCUCUUGAGGAAACUUCUCUAUCCAAACUCUUUUUUCCAGUUUUUCUAAUCUCCUUUACUUGAACCUGAGAUAGCCAUCUCCCAUCCUUCGUGAAGAUCCUUAAAGUUCAUGAAACGUGGCUCUUCCAUAUCUGUUUUAUAUUCUAACCUGGUCAGAGAACCAAAGAGUCAAGAGUGAAACACAUCCUGAGACCACAGAGUCCUCACAAGCUAAGAAUUGAGCCACAUACUAACCAUAUAUCAUCUCAUGGAUAUAUAGAAGAGGCAGCAGCCUGUUGCAGACAGACAGACGGCAGGCAGACAGACAGACAGACAGACAGGUAGGCAGGCAGAUAGACAGACAGGCAGACAGACAGACAGGUAGACAGACAGGCAGGCAGGCAAGCAGACAGACAGACAGGCAGGCAGGCAGGCAGGCAGGCAGGCAGGCAGGCAGGCAGACAGACAAACAGCAUGUGCCUGGCUAGAGGUCUCUGGCUGCCCUCCUGCUGUCUAUUCAUAAGGGAGUACAUGCUGGAAAGUGAAACUCAUUUUGUGUAAAUGUAAAUGCAACCACUUCCAUGGCCAAGCUAUCACAUCCUCUAAUUGGUGAGGGUACCUGGGACACAGUAAUUAAAACCAUUAACUCCAGGGAAGGGUUUCUUUUAAGAAGCGGGUACUUAAAGAUGAGCUCCACUCGGUCUUAAGAACAUUCACUAAUGCUCAAAGCAAUAAUUAUACUAACGAAAAUGGCUCCAUUUGGUUCAAAAACUGAAGCCAGUUACAAAUAAUAUCCUGCCAGCCCCCUUUCCUGAAGGAUUCCAAAGCACUUUAUGAACAGCAAUGACUGAAGCCUUGUUGUACUCCCCUAAAGAGACCUUGUCUGGGAGCCACCUGGCAAACACCUACUCCAUCCUUGCCAGGAGAUCAUGCCAGACAAGUGAAAAAGGAGACUGACCUCUCAUUCAUUGUUAUCCUGACAUACCAAUGUGUACUCUGCAGAAGGUGAGCUCUGCCCUAGAAGUCAACCCUAGGACAAGAAAGUACAGAAGAAAACCCAACUCUUUAGCAUCUUGUUGUUCUCCACUCUCUACCUAAGACAUAGUUGUUGUCUCGGACAAGUGUUACUUCGAGCUGUCGGGGGACUGCAGUAUGUUUCAGAACCACGAUUCUAUUACAUAGAAGUCAGUAGUUUCAGGAAAUGUCCACAAUAGUGAGAGAACACUACUAACUAUGGUUUUCUAGUUUACUAAGUAAGUGUGCAUCUUUGCAUCUGUGCUUAGUCAGUGAUCAUAUACUGAUUAGAGAAGGUAGUUAUGGAUUAACAAGAGAACACUCUUAGCAAAUGUCUCAUUUCAUAAAGUCUAAAUAGUUUCCCAGAUGAUUCACUGAAGCAAAUUAAGGCUUCCUUGUAUAUCUUUAAGGAAACUUUUAAACAAACUGUUUGGAAAGCAAUGGAAUCUCUUCGUAAGUAGUAGAGUAGAUGGGGGGUUAGAAAUGUCUCUCUUUGCUGGUCUCUUCUUUUAAGACGUCCAAACACAUGGCUCAUGACUGUUAAGCUAAACUUCCAUGCAGCCUUACAAAUAACAAGGGUAGUGUAUUUAAAACUAUGUUGUAUAGCUUGGAAACGUAUUCUAAGAUCUUAAUUCAGAGUUUUUCUGAGGUGUUGGACUUUGCCAUUAGCAAAAAGUAUUUUUAGAGAAAAAUCCAUUGACUGUUUAUAAAGCACUGAUUUUGCCAUACUUCAGGUCUCUGCUUUUUCCGCUGUACACAGUAGUCAUACUUGUGUUUCAACUGUAUCUUCUGCUACUGUUGAUAAAUUUGUCAAAUGGUUAUUCAGUAGCAUAAUUAGUUUUGCCUAACAAUUGAGUACACAAUUUUUUUUUUUAAAAAAAAGGGUUUUGUUUCGGUAAAGAAAGUAGAAAGUUUGUUGUUGUUGUUGUUGUUUUGUUGUUGUUUUAUUGUUGUUAUUUAAAUAUUAUGCAAAGUCUUUCUUUCCCAGUUGUAAACACUUUUGAUUUCAAUAAAAGCCAACUUUUAACUUAGCAGUGUUGUGAAGCUGCUAGGUAUCACUGUAUGUUUCUCUCCCUUCAAUCCAUAUGGAUGCCUGACUAGACCCUCAUAGUAACCAUUAUCUAAUAACUAAUUUACAAAGCCAACUCUGGAGACUUAUUGUCAUCUGAGUUUCUGUCUUGCUUCUUGCCUGGGGACAAAUCAGAUGUAUGGAGAUAAUCUAUGUAUAUGAUCAUAAACAUUGUUUGAUGUUUGUGAUGGAAAAAGAAUCAGUGUGUGUGUGUGUGUGUGUGUGUGUGUGUGUGUGUGUGUUGCGUGUUGCAAUGUGUGAGAUGUUUCAUAGAAAUAGUAAUUUAGAUGAUAUUAUAUUAUGCAGUGUUUGAUUGCUUCCUGCCUGGUGUGUACAUAGUAACCUGGCUGAUUAUUGGUUGUUCUUUGCCUAGAACUUAUUGAAUCCUAUUGCCUUGUAUGAAACUAAGUGUAUGUUAAAAUUUAGACUUCAGUACAUGAUCUGCACAAUUUUGUGUGCUUUAUACCUCUGUAAAUAUGCAAAUGAAUCCUGUGUGGCGUGUUCAAUGUGAUCUCCAAUCUCAGAACAAUAAUAUUUUAUAGUAUGUACAUUUGGAAACUAUUUGAACCUUUCAAAUGGAUAUUGUGAAUGGCCAUUACCCUUGGUCAAACACAAUCCUGUGAAAUGCAUGCCUCUUUAGGAAGUAGUCAGGAAUUAACAAAAAUUAUGAUAAUUUCUAAUGGCAAGUAUUUUUGAUAAUUUCCUACCUGCUUCACUGUAUUUUCAAGAAAAACAAUGUCAACAUAAGAAAUGCUAUAGUUAUCCAUGGGAGUGACUUUAUCUCAUAAGCAUUAAAUAUACUUCACGGUUUACCCCAACAUUGUUGAGAUCUAUGUCAAGCAUAAAGAAGUCAGAAGUAUUUUUGAUUCUUCACAUGAGAAAUUUUUUGAUGUUUUAAGGGUAGUUUGUGAACCCUUUGUCUUGAGAGUGGAGAAAUGUCAAUUCAAUAAUAAACUAAUAGAAUUCUCAGUA